AUGGACACUGGGGACCAGAGGGGUCUCGCGUCCCAGGACGAAGAGACCAUGUGCACGUCAGCCUCUGAGGGUCUGGAGGAGGGUGAGGUGGAGGGAGAAACUCUGCUCAUUGUGGAAUCGGAGGACCAGACGUCCGUGGAUCUGUCUCACGACCAGAGUGGAGACUCUCUGAACAGUGACAUCGGGGAGGACGGGGAGGGAAGCUGGAACGAAGACAUGUCGUUCUACUGCGACAAGUGCCACAAAUGGAUCCCGGCCGCCCAGCUGCGUGGAGAGCAGCCUAGCUACCUGAAAGGAGACAACUUUUUCAAGUUCACCUGCUCGGACUGCGCCGAAGACCGGAAGGAGAGUUUUGAGAGGAUGAGGCUGACCUGGCAGCAGGUGGUGAUGUUGGCCAUGUAUAACCUGUCUUUAGAGGGCACCGGCCGACAAGGUUACUUCAGAUGGAAGGAAGAUAUUUGUGCUUUUAUUAGUCGGCACUGGACGUUCCUGCUUGGUUCCAGAAAGAAGACGUCCACAUGGUGGAGCACCGUGGCUGGGUGUCUGUCUGUCGGCAGCCCAACAUUUUUCCGUUCGGGAGCGCAGGAGUUCGGAGAACCCGGCUGGUGGAAGCUAGUUCAGAACAGGCCACCUACUCUACGGCCCGAGGGGGAGAAAAGCUCUGCGGCUUCACUCAAAGCCAAAGCUGUGUCGAAGCCGUCCCUGGACCCCAUAAUCACCGUGGAGGGUUUGAGGAAGCGUGGAAGUAGGAACCCAGUUGAGAACGCCAUGCAGCUGAAAGAAAAGCGUUCCCGAACACAGGAGGCUAAAGAGAUCCGGCGUGCGCAGAAGGAAGCGGCUGGGUUUCUAGACCGCAGUGCCUCGUCCACACCUGUCAAACUGGGCAAUCGUGUGCGGCGGUCGGAGCCGUAUCUGGAGAAGGGUGAAGUCAUUGACUUUUCCUCUCUCAGCUCCUCUGACAGAACCCCGCUCACCUCUCCCUCCCCCUCCCCAUCGCCCGACUUCUCCGCCCCUGGAACGCCCGCCUCACACUCUGCCACGCCCAGUCUGCUGUCAGAAGCCGAUCUCAUCCCAGAUGUUAUGCCCCCUCAGGCUCUGUUCCACGAUGAUGAAGAAUUGGAUGCCGAGGGCGUUAUCGACCCCGGGAUGGAGUAUAUUCCCCCUCCCAGCAUGCCUUUGGCCACCGGCACCAUCAUGGUCAGGAAAAAAAUACGUCCAGCAGAGCUGAUCAAACAAGAACUGGAGAGUGAAGACGAGGGCCAUGAUGAAGGCUUAUUGCCAGCAGGACGGGGGCGUGGCAUUGAGCGGAGGAAGGUUCUCCAGGAUAAAGGCGAGGGCUGUGUGUCUUCGCCCGCCCCGCGCUACACGUUCAUCAGCCUUUACGAGGAGCGUAUGCUGCUCCACAGGCUGGAGGCGUGUCCGCAAGCGCUGGCCGUCACGCCACAGGCCAAAAGACUGCAUCGCAAGCUACUCGUGCGGCAGGCGAAAAGAGAGCGAGGGCUCCCCCUGUUGGACGUGGAUCAGGCCGUGAGCGCUACACUCAGCCUGGUGGGAGGCAUGUACGGGGCACAAGAAAGUUUGGCCAACCACAGGAUGAGCGGAGAAGGGAAAUACAGAACCACCAGCCAGGACCUUCGUAUACUUGAUCGCUUUCAGUCAACAGCGACCGUAAGGAAAGGGUUCUAUCAGUCCACAGUGUCAUUCUGGCACAGGCUGAUGGGUUCUGAUGCCUGCAUGGAUCAGACCAUCAAGAGUCCCUACACGUCCAGAGUGCUGAAGCCCUACAUCAGGAGAGACUAUGAGAGUCGGCCGCUGAAGCUGCGUUUGCUCUCAGAGAUCCGUGCGUAUCCUCACAGGAAGGACCCGUCUUGGGUCGCUGAACCUGAUGCACCUUUAGACUAUUGCUAUGUGCGGCCCAAUCACAUCCCCUCUGUCAACUCCAUGUGCCAAGAAAUCUUCUGGCCUGGUAUCGACCUGUCAGAGUGCCUCCAGUACCCUGAUUUCAGCGUGGUGGUGCUUUACAAGAAAGUUGUGAUCGGUUUUGGCUUCAUGGUGCCGGAUGUGAAAUACAACGAGGCCUACAUCUCCUUCCUGUUGGUGCAUCCUGAAUGGAGGCGAGCUGGUAUCGCCACAUUCAUGAUCUACCAUCUCAUUCAGACCUGCAUGGGAAAGGAUGUGACCCUUCACGUAUCGGCGAGCAACCCUGCCAUGCUGCUCUACCAGAAGUUCGGCUUCAAGACAGAGGAGUACAUCCUGGACUUUUAUGAUAAAUACUACCCGGUGGACAGCAAAGAGUGCAGGCAUGCAUUCUUCCUGCGCUUGCGCCGCUGAGGAGCCUACAGUUUGGGUUUUGUACAUUAGUGUAACUUUGUCGUCAUGUGACUCAGACGCCAGUCAGGGAGUGUUUGUUAGUGUCAUCACAAAGAGUGUCAUAUUUGUUGUGUUAUUUCCUGUUAAGGCUUAGGAUUCAUUUUAUAUUUGGUUCAAUGUUUAUUUUUCUGUAAACAUACACCAGCAUAACUCCUUCUAAAUCAUGACCACAUAAACUAUAUUAGUUUUCCUUAGUUUAAAAAAAAAGUGUUUAUUUUGUAUUCACACAAUUCCACAGAUAAAUGUCACAACCUGUUAAUUAAAUAUUGAAAUUUUUAA